AUGUCUCAAAGAGAGCCUUCGUUUUUUGAACGAGAGCGCGACCGGCUCGCUACUGAAGUCACAGCGGGCUUUGAAGAAUUGUUGUCCUCGAGCAACGUCCUGAACCGCAAGCUCGAAGAGGUGUUGGGUAUGACGAGAGAAUAUGAGACGAUUGCUGUUCUGUGGCAGAACUUCCACGAACUUAUGCGUGUUCAGAACGAGCCUUCAGGAGACCCUCGAACCGUACCAGGCACUGGUACACAUGUUGUAUCCAACAACACUGGACAACGACAAUGA